CCACAGCAGUGAGUCAGGAAGGAGGAGGGCUUAACUGAAGCCAGCCAGCUGAUCACAGAGACCAUCUCAUAGCAGCAGCUCAGCAUGGAGGGAACAUCUCUGCUGUGGUCGCUCUCUCUGCUCUCACUGAUGUGCUGCAGAACAAACCAGCUGAAGCUGAACGUGAGUCCCAGCAGGUCUCAGUUUUUUAGAGGAGACUCUGUUUCUCUGAGCUGUGAGGAGGACGACGGCUCUGCUGGAGGGACUCUGACCAGAAACACCACCAGAGGGCCCAUGUCUCAGUGUGGAGUUGACUGGGGAGAACGAUCUGGUUCUACCUGCAGCAUCAGUCUGUUGGUUCCGUGGGACAGUGGCGUUUACUGGUGCGAGUCCAGCCAGGCAGCAGCCAGUCAGAGCAUCAACCUCACUGUGGCUGGUGGACCAGUGAUCCUGCAGAGUCCUGUCCUCCCUGUGAUGGAGGGAGAUGGCCUCACUCUGAGCUGUCAAUCAAAGCGCCAGGACUCCCGCCUCCCAGCUGCUUUCUAUAAAGAUGGCUCCCUCAUCGGGGCGGAGCCCGGAGGUCACAUGACCAUCGGCCAUGUUUCCAGGUGGGAUGAAGGCCUCUACAGGUGCAACAUCAGCGGUCAUGGAGAGUCUCCGUCCAGCUGGAUCUCUGUCACAGGUGAGGAGACCUGCAUCACCCACAGACACACAACAUGA